AUGCUCAAUCAAGCUACUCAGAAAUUCUCCAAGAUGCAUGCUAGACGGAAUCCAAAUCUGUCUAUACAGACUCCGCCUUCGUAUUCAUACCUUGAACCUCCUCCACACUCGGCGACUUCUGGUGCGCUUCUGUCUCCAACAUCUGCGUCUCGCCGUGGCCUGUUGUCGAGCCAGUCUCCGUUGACGCCAAGCCUUCCGUCCUUGAUUCCACGCCAUGGAAGAAAACAAUGGCAACCAAACUACUCGAGACUGGUCAAGCGGAUACUCAUCGGCUGCUGUGGUGUAGUCUUCUUGCUAUGGCUUGUCCUCCGCCAGAUGUACGACAACGAGCAACAAACACCCAGAUAUGGGGAAGACGGAGAGGAAUGGGAGAUGGUUGGAGGCAGUCAACUACCACAAGAGCCCGCUGCUCUCGCACUGCAAGACGCAAAUGGGAAGAUGAGGUGGACUGUGUCUAUUCCGGAGAACUAUGACUUCCCACUUAGGCCAGCGCAAUACCGCGAAAUAUGCCAUCAGUCAUUCGAGCUGUCUAAGGAAUUCCGUCAAGACGCUCAGACUACAGCUAACUUUGCGAAACGCAUGCUCAACUACUACCAAAAAGAUCAGUAUUAUCUUGAUGUUCAGGAGGCUGAGGAACAAGGAUUGCUGCCGACGUCGAAGGUGACAGGGAAACGGCCCAAGGGAUUCGUCGAGGAUGAGGCUAUUGCUGAUGGGCUAUCUACGACGGGGCUGAAGGUCUGUGACAAGACGUUGACUUAUGUCAUGGAGACGGAGGACGCAGGCUUCGGUAACACGUUGAUGCGAUUAUGGAUGUCGUACGGCUUGGCUCAAACCGAGGGCAGGACUUUCUUCAUCGACGAUACCAGAUGGCCAUACGGCAAGUACUUGUCAUACUUCAUCCCACCUCCUACAGCAGGAUGUCUUCCCCCUCCCAAAUCGCACAUGGUCCCAUGCCCACACACGGCCCGCCACAUUGUAAUUUCAGGAGCGACGGUGAAAUCGCACUUCGGCCACGCCUUCACAGAAGAAUGGGAAGACGCAACCAAAAUGCGAGUCCAACGCCAACACAAGAUCUUCGCGCUCCUACGCACCGGCUACGAAGCCCUCUUCAAGCUCCGCCCCAACGACGCAAAAUACGUACUAAACCGCGCUCUCGACGUCUACGGCGCCGUUAAGCAAGAAGGCGGGAUAAGCAUCGGCAUGCACGUGCGCCACGGCGACAAGCACCCCAUGGAGUACCAGUACCAAAAGGACUACAUCCCGCUCGCGCGCUACCUCGACACAGCGCGCGAUCUAUACAUCGACCUUGUAGAAGGCGGGCUGAAAGCAGCAAAGAAACGCACCGGCAACUCGCCGCAACAGCAAGACGACACACCCGCCCUCUUCGCGCGCCACACCACUUCCAAGCUCGUCCUCGCCUCCGACGACCCCGCCGUCUACGAAUCCCCCGAACUAGGCCCCAACUCACUCCGCGCCCAAGACCACAUCGUGCUGGCGACAAAAGCCGCCCUCGAAGCCGCGCACGGCAAGAAGAAUCCCUGGAUCGACGAGAUUACAGGCUGGGAGGGCGGGUUCUACAGGGACGUGUUUUUCAGCCUGGGCCAGCCCGUCGGCAACGCGGAUGAUGCGCUGAAACUCGAUGCGGAUAACGUGCCGGAUCAGGCGAUGAAGCUGAGGGAAUUGGUUGGGAGGGUUUAUCUGCUUGAUCUGGCGGUGCUGGGGAAGGCUGAUACGUUGGUUUGCACGGUUAGUAGUGUGGGGUGUAGGUUGUUGGCUGUUAUGAUGGGGUGGGAGGGCGCGGUUAAGCAAGGCAGGUGGAGGAAUAUUGAUGGGGAUUUUGAUUGGAGGGGGAUUAUGUGGUAG